AUGUUUAUUCAAGUUGCUAUUAUUUGCGGUAUAAAUAUAGCAUGUUGUUAUUUAUAUGCUAUAAUGCAACGUUUGCCAAUGAGUAAAACAUUAAUUAUUGUCGGAUAUUAUUUGAACUAUUUUGUAUUUGGAUUACCUCCAUUUAUUUAUUUAUUUUGUAACGAAACAAUUAGAAAUGAUGUUAAGAAAAUAAUUGGCAAAAAUCUACAUAAAUUAGCUAAAAAAUUAUAUUCUCCACCAAACAGUAUCAAUCCCUCAUAUAAUAGCCGAAUGCAACGUAGUGUUAAUCGCCCUCUAGCCAGUCGAUUUAGUGGAGGAAAUUAA